AUGUUGAUAAUCGUUUUAGUUGUAUUUAAUUUUUUGUCUAAAGGCCGACCGCAACCAACUCUGACUUGGCUUAUCAAUAAUAAACCUCUGGAGGACCAUACUGUUUUGAAGAAUGAUGGCAAGAUCAUCAUAAGCAGAAUCAGCGUAGGAGGAGCAGAGAGGAGUUGGCUGAAUACUAGCAUCAGGUGUCAAGCAACUAACACGCCACUAUUGAGUCCUCACGAAAGGACUGCCAGGGUCGAAAUGAGAUUAAAACCGACUUCAGUGAUGAUCACAAACAAGCCAGGUCAGAUGUCAGCUGAUACCGAAGUUACGUUGAUCUGCGUUUCACAUGGUAGUAGACCGCCUGCACAAAUUACCUGGUACAGAGAGAACAGAAAAUAUACUAGAGGAAAGCACCAUAUUUACACAAAUGAGACUACAACAGUUAGUAGACUAACUAUGCUACCACAACCAGAAGAUGAUGGAGUGGUUAUAAGAUGCAGAGCUGAAAAUGCUGUACUGAGCGUGGCACUAGAAGAUUCCUUUAGAAUAAGUGUUAUUUGCGUUGCUCAUCAAUUCCCUGAGAGCGAGUUUUCGAUCGGAUUAGAAAAGUUCGCGUGGAUCCAUAACUGUCAGUGA